AAAAGUUGCCCUGCCUUGGAUUUCAUUUAGUUGUGUUAUCGUCUUCCCUACUUAUAACUGGUUUGUCGUGUUUGGCAACUUACAUUGUCCUACUUUGCGGACUACUAUUAUUUUGAAGAAUACAUCCGGAAGCAGUUUGUUUUGCAUUAGUGGACUUAAUUGACAAUUGUCUGUCUGGAGCAUCACAACAUUGCCCUGCUGCUUUGUUCGAGGGACAGAAAGCAUUGCACUUGUCUUCGAUGAAGUGUGUAUGAAACCAGGGGAUGUCCACCAUGGUGUAUCCACGUGAAGAUGGCCUGGAGCGACUGAGCCAGGAUGAGAUUGUCCUCAACACUAAGGCUGUCAUGCAGGGCCUAGAGACGCUGCGUGGCGAACAUGCCCAAAUCCUCAACUCGCUGCUGGACUGCACCCAGCCACCCGCCGCCCAGGAGAAAUCUGGGCUGCUCCGCAAGAGUCUAGAGGCCAUCGAGCUGGGCCUGGGAGAAGCACAGGUGAUCAUCGCCCUGUCGAGCCACCUGAGCGCUGUAGAGUCGGAGAAGCAGAAGCUGCGCGCUCAGGUGCGUCGGCUCUGCCAAGAGAACCAAUGGCUUCGGGACGAGCUGGCGGGGACACAGCACAAGCUGCAGCGCAGCGAGCAGAGCGUGGCCCAGCUGGAGGAGGAGAAGAAGCACCUGGAGUUCAUGAACCAGAUCAAAAAGUUUGACGAUGACGUCUCGCCCUCAGAGGAGAAGAGCCAGAGCUCCGGUGGCGGCGGUGGAGGAGACACUUCAAAGGACAGUCUGGAUGACUUGUUCCCCAACGAUGAUGACCAGGGACCAGCCCAGCCCAGCGGAGAGGUGGCAGCCCAGCAGGGAGGCUACGAGAUCCCGGCCCGCCUCAGGACGCUUCACAACCUGGUGAUCCAGUACGCCUCGCAGGGGAGGUACGAGGUGGCCGUGCCGCUGUGCAAACAAGCCCUGGAGGACCUGGAGAAGACGUCUGGGCACGACCACCCUGACGUAGCCACCAUGCUUAACAUCCUGGCUUUGGUGUACAGGGAUCAGAACAAGUACAAAGAAGCGGCUCACCUCCUGAAUGAUGCCCUGGCCAUCAGAGAGAAGACACUGGGGAAGGAUCAUCCAGCUGUGGCCGCAACCCUCAACAACCUGGCUGUUCUGUACGGCAAGAGGGGCAAAUACAAGGAGGCUGAGCCUCUCUGCAAGAGAGCGCUGGAGAUCAGAGAGAAGGUGUUGGGGAAAUACCACCCAGAUGUAGCCAAGCAGCUGAACAACUUGGCCCUGCUGUGUCAGAACCAGGGCAAGUACGACGAAGUGGAGUACUACUACAGACGGGCCCUGGAGAUCUACGAGUCCAAGCUGGGAGCUGAUGACCCCAACGUGGCCAAGACCAAAAAUAACCUGGCUACGUGCUACCUGAAGCAGGGGAAGUUCAAAGAUGCCGAGGCUCUGUACAAAGAGAUCCUGACCAGGGCACACGAGAAGGAGUUUGGAUCUGUCAACAAUGACAACAAGCCAAUCUGGAUGCAUGCGGAGGAGAGAGAGGAGAGCAAGGGGAAGCGCAAGGACUCUGGCCCAUAUGUAGAGUAUGGAAGCUGGUACAAGGCCUGCAAAGUGGACAGCCCCACAGUAAACACAACCCUCAAAAGCUUGGGAGCUUUGUACCGCCGGCAGGGCAAACUGGAGGCAGCAGAAACACUGGAGGAGUGCGCCAGCAAGUCACGUAAACAGGGUAUUGAUGCCAUUAACCAGAGUAAGGUGGUGGAGUUGCUGAAGGACGGGGGGGCUGGAGGAGGCGACAGACGACACAGCAGGGAAGGAGUCAACGGGGUGGGGGGACAGCGGGGGGAGAGCGAGGGCGACGACUCCGCUGAGUGGAACGGGGAUGGUAAUGGGUCUCUGCGUCGCAGCGGCUCCUUCGGGAAGAUUCGUGACGCCCUGAGAAGGAGCAGCGAGAUGCUGGUGAAGAAGCUGCAGGGGAGCGGACCGCAGGAACCCCGCAACCCAGGAAUGAAGAGAGCAAGCUCCCUCAACUUCCUCAACAAGAGCACAGAGGAGACAACACAGGACGCCAACUCGGGACUCUCGGACUGCAGGGGACUGAGCGCCAGCAACGUAGAUCUAUCCAGACGCAGCUCCCUGAUUGGCUAGAAUGAGACAGGCGGUGGGACUCAGGAGAGACAGAGUGGCCCGACGAGGAGAGGCUGUUUGCAGCUUGGUUUGAUCAAACAAACACACUAAAAGCUCAAAGCGAGAUCAAAAACUUGCACCUGCAGCAUAUUUUUUAAAGAACACUGAAAGAAAGCAUUAACACACUAAGCGUCAUCCUGUAAGACACGGCCGCUGCUGCUUCGCUGUACAAACCGCUGACACUGAUCACAAAAGAGAAUAUUUAGAUACACAUUUAUCGGCAUGCUGCUUACUAGAACGUGGAAUGUCUGCACCUGAACGCCUCGUUUUUCCGACUCAUAGCACCGUAGCAGAGCAUUGUGUUUUUUUGAUCUAUCGUUAACACCAUGUGCAGACACUCAACCUUAGGUAGGCUAAAUAUACUCCGGUUUCAUUUCUGAGAGAAGCAUUGCACUCUUGUAUAUUUCUCCAGUAGCAUGAUGGUAAAAACGGUACAAUAAGCUUAGAUUUUAACAAGGAAAGCAGAUGUAUUAGAUAGAAUACAAGCAAUCUUUGGGGAUUUAAAAACAAAACAAAAAACACUAGCACUAACAAUUUAAACCUCACUUCUUGCCUUUUUAUGUAUAUACAGUUUUAAAUUAUUUGAUAUAUUAUUUGUAUAUUGUGCACAUGAUUUAUUCUUUGUCCCUUUUUUGUUUACACUGUUGAACAUACAGCUUAUCUGAAGGGGAAGACUGGAAAAGGGAUAGAAUGAGAGGGAGGGAAGGAUAUAUAGAAAUAGGCACUUAAUUCAUGGUCUCAGUGAGAGGUUGAAAAUGCUGAUAAAUUUAGUACCUCAAUCACUGAAAUCUGACAUUAAUAAAAAGGUUUUAAACUGUUAUAAUGCACUAUAAGCAUGACAAUACUCUAUAUGCUGUAUGUGGUAGUUUCCACGCCAUCAUCCACAGACUCACAAGAAAAAGAGUUUCUUUUUGUGCAACAGUCUUACGAGAAACGGAAAUGAAAAAGGGCCAGAAAGUUAAUUUGAAAAAGUUAAGGAUGAACCUCAAUCCUUUCUCAUAAACCUCCUAAAUACUACCUACUGUAUGUGGAAGCUUAAUUAAACACUGCAAUCAGGUACCUUUUCCUCACUUGUGCCACAAAACACCUUCCACCUUCAUUCCUAUCAUUCCAAGUCUGAAUCUUAUUGAAGGAAAAAUGAUGUGAAAUAGAAAUAUAAUUUGUUUACAAUCAUUAAAUCAGGAUACCCGAGGCAUAAUCAACCCUCAUUAAAGAAAAUGGGUAACUAUCUUAUCAAAGCUGAUGCAGUGCAUCAACGACAACUGGUUUACUUUCAUUCCGCAACUCCUCUUGUGAAAGCUUUUUUCUUUUCUUAUUUACUUUAGCUGAAUAUGUAUCCCUUUGUACGAAACAAUCCUCUAGUGUGACUUUUUUAAUGCUGACCGGGAUAGACUUCAUCAGUCGUAAUCAAACACACUGAAAUCUGACUGUGGACCGUACGUCCUCAUUGAAUUUUUGUUGAUACUUGUUUUCUUUAGGAUUUGAGCUUUUACGUUGAAGGUACUGAAAACUGAUUAUUUGAAUGUUCAAUUUCAUGUCGACUGUGGGGUUCUGGGGGGUAGUUACACUGGAUAUUUCUGUUGCUGUUAGACCAAUACCAAGAGGUCAGAAUGUAUACAUCUUAUUGUGUGAAGUCAAAAUCAGUCUCUGCAAGUUGUGGCAUCACUUCCUCAACUGUGAUCAGAAUGUCAAGGAAUUGCUGUUUUUGCUUUUAUUUGUACAUUUUCCUCCACCUUGCUCUUACAUUUACCGGGCCAAAAAAA